AUGGCGCGCGUGUACGUCGGGAGCCUGGACCCUGCUGUGACGGCCCGGGAGCUCGAGGACGAGUUCCGCGUGUUCGGGGUUCUCCGGAGUGUAUGGGUUGCAAGGAAGCCACCUGGUUUUGCAUUUGUUGAUUUUGAUGACAGGAGGGAUGCUCAGGAUGCAAUUAAAGAUUUAGAUGGCAAGAAUGGUUGGAGAGUUGAGCUGUCUCGUAAUGCCAGCAGUGGUCGUGGUGGUCGUGAUCGAUCUGGUGGAUCUGAGAUGAAGUGUUAUGAGUGUGGCGAAUCUGGUCACUUUGCCCGUGAGUGCCGUCUGAGGAUUGGUUCUGGGGGCCUAGGCAGUGGAAGGCGUCGCAGCAGGAGUCGAAGCCGUAGCCGCAGUCGGAGCCCUAGGUACCGCAGGAGUCCAAGCUAUAGCAGAAGUAUGCUCAAUGAUGCCAAUUAUACAACUGCUAGAUUUACAUGGGAAAAGGUAUCGCCGCAGCAGGAGCUAAAGCUCUAUGUUAUGUCUGGAGAGUGUUCUGUUGCAAAUAUUGCUCUAUACCCGUCAGCUAUGAACAGUGUCAUGUCCCCCAUUUGA